UAGUUACGCCGUUAUUAUUUUGAUUAGUCACUAAUCAAUAUUGUAAUUUUUAAUUUACUUAUUCAAUGAAUUGGGUAUAGUUUUUACGUUGUUUGUUUAAACAAUAGUUUAGAAGUAUGUUGGUUCUACAGAGUAUUCUGUUGUGUUACGGCAUUSACUCGUGGGAAUAUUUGAAGUCUAUUAUUGAUCGUUAUUUAUGCAAUGGCGAAACGUCUGAUUUGGAGGUAAACAAUAUUAUAAUAACAAUAUAUGCUAUUACUAAUUUUGAUAAAGAAUGGUCUGAUUUUGAUUCAACUCCUUACAAAUUGUUGAGACGUGUUGACUAUCCAUAUGAAUUUAAUGAUGAAAAUCGUUGGGAACGGUCCAUGUAUGAGAAGUUGAGAAAGUUUGUAUCAGAAGCUUCACAAGACAAGAAAUAUAUGGUUGGUCACAAUAUGGAAAUACCGUUAAAUAAAAUUAUUCCAUAUGUUUCAGAUUGCUGUUCAUCUAUAGAUAAAUUGGAAGAUAUUGCCAAUAAACUUUACUAUACCACAAAAAAUGAAAGUGGAGAAUGGAUAUUGAUAAAAAGUAUGCAGUCRGAAUUUAGUUCAGAUGAAAACGAAUCAGACUCAGAUUCAUUAUCAAAUAAUAGUGGAAAAGAGUACAAUCUAUUGGAAAAUUCAGUAAAUYUUGGCAAUGAUAAUGAAGAUUGGAAUGUAUCAGCCGUUCUAAGUUCUGACAAAUCAAAACUUUGUUUUUCUACUCCAAUGAUUAAAGAUCCUGAAAUWAAAUACCAUUCAAAUAAUGUAGACAGUUUCAGCACAGUGCAUUCAAAUUCAGAUUUGUAUAAAACAGCCGUUGAUUAUAAUAAGAGUGAAAUUACUGAGGACAUGGAAAUGUCAUCUAGCUGCAAUAGUAGUAUUGUUGAUGACUGUAAUGUUUGUCAAGACUUAAGAACAGGACAAAAUAAUUCUGUAAUCAAUGAAAAAGAUAUUAAUGAAACUGAAAAUACAUUGACGUGCGUUGCAAACAGUCAUGAAUUUUCCGAUGGCGGUGAUAAAUUAAAUUAUCACUUUACUGAUAUGGAAAUCUCAUCUAGUUGUAAUGGUAGCAUUAUUGUUGAGGACUGUGUAGUGUAUCAGGACUUCAAAUCAGGCCGAAAUAAUUCUGUAAUUGAUGAAGAAGAUAUCAAUGAAACUGAAAAUACAUUGACAAGCAUUGUAAAUAAUCAUGAAUUUUCCAAUGAUAGUGAUAAACUAAAUGCCAAUGUAACCAAUGAUAACACUGUUCAUAAAAAUAAUAGUAAUAUAUCUUUGGAACUAAAAUCUAGUUCUGAUACUGCACAUCAAUUUAAAUCUAAUUAUCCUGAUGAAAUUUGUAUCCCAUUUGAUGAUGGGAUGAAUGAAAUUGAUGACCAAGUAUCGGUAUGCUUAAACAGAACAUUAUUAGAUGAAAAUGGUUACAUGGAAAAUUUGUUGUCUACUUCAGAAAAUGAAUUAUCAAAAAAAUGAAAAGGUUUUAUUAAAACUUAAAUUUUGUUAUUAUAACUAACACGGCAUAAGAUCUUAAAACAAAUGUCACAGCAUUUAAUUGUCGUCAUAACAUACUUGUUUGUCAUUUAAUAAAAAUGAUUGAUGAACAGUUUGUUAUCUUUAAAAUUUUAA